AUGUAUACAGUCAGUGGUAGUCUGAAAUGCGAAAAAACAUCAAGUAAUAGACAAUCAUUUAUUGAUUUAUCUCAACUUGGGUUAGAAUUUAUUCCGGUUGAUGAAAAUCUUCUUCUUUUAGUUGAUAUCAAUGCUGAUUCAAUUAUGAUUUGUUCAAAAAUAUGUUUUUCAAAUAUAUAUUGUCGAACAUUUAAUUUUAAUAUUCAAUCAAAACGUUGUCGUCUUUAUGAAGGUGAUAUAGAGAAUACAGGAUCAAUUAUUAAUUCUCAAUCAAUUCAAUCAGUUGUUGGAACAAUUAAAUUAACUAUAGAUGAUUUUAUUGAUUAUGGACGUCCUUGUAGUUUUUGUGAGAAUAAACCAUAUUUAAUUUGUAUGAAUUUUACAUGCCAAUGUCAAUCUCAUUCAUUUUUCAAUGGAUCAAUGUGUCAGAGUCAAAAAUUUAUUGAAGGUUUAUGUACUAAUGAUAUACAAUGCCGAAAUGAUAUUAAUCUCACAUGUCUUUCAACUAUGCAAUGUGGAUUCAAUCUCACCACAGAUGAUGCAUAUGCAAAUCUUACUAGUGCGACUAUUUUGGCUACUACGACGCAUAUUGAUAGUACUAUUUCCAUUUCUUCUGAUACUACCAAGACUAGCACUAUUAGUAAUUCAGAUGUAAUCGGUCUAACAAGUAAUUCAACUACCAGUAUUUCGACUACUACUAUAGUCAAUACUAUUUCAACAACUGUGUCAACUAUUACGACAACAAUAUCUUCUGAUGCUAUUAAUAAUACAACAGCUAUAUUAACUACUAGUAUAACUGCAACCAGUAGCAGCACUUCAAUGAUAACUUCAGGCAUCGGUGAUACUGUAACAGCAACUUCAAAUACUGAUAGUACUACAACAACUACUACUAGUACUGAUACUACUACAACAAUGUCAUCAUCAUCAUCAUCAUCAACAACAACAGACACAACUUCAUCAUCAACAAUAUCGUCAACUACUACAACAGAAACAACAUCGUCAACUACUACAACAGAAACAGCCUCAUCAUCAACAACAUCAUCAACAACCACAACAACAACAUCAUCAACAACCACAACAACAACAUCAUCAACAACCAUAACAACAACAACAGAAACAACCUCAUCAUCAUCAACAACAACAACAG